GAAUCUCACAGGUAACAUCAAUUAACCGGGUGUUAAUUAUUGCUAUAAAAAACUGUUAAUGAACGAUAAUAAAGAAAAAUUUUCUUACCAAUUCAUAAACUAUUCACUUGCAAAAAAAAGUUGCAGUUCAAUUUUGAAAGUGAAGUUUGUUUAAACAAUAACAAUGCCAGGCGGUGUUGUUUUUUUGGUUUGCAUUCCCACAUUAAGUUACGAGCAUGAACUUGUUUUUGGAUUUCCGAUAAAAAAGGACAAGAAGCCAAUAAAACCCAAUAAAAUGGAUUUACGGCUCAAGGAUACAAAAUCGAAGACAAAUUUAAUACCUUUGGGAGCUGAAGACACUGAUGAUGAUAAUGGCGCAGAAGACGUGGAUGAUCAAAUUGGCAAUACUCUUGUCACUUUUCCAGGACGAAGAAUUCCCGCAAGGGAUCGUAAUGUUUCGUCACCAAGAAUGCGACCGAAGGACCCUGUUUUUGUUUCAAUGGAAACGGUUUUAGCUGAACUGCUGAAGAAAUUGAGAGUAGAACACGUUGUCUGGUGCAAAGACAGAGCAAAUAUGUACUACGAGGUGAUUUUUCCAGUCCCUGCCGGAGAUCCUUGUGAGAACUGUCUUCAUUGUUUAACUGAAAUGGGAAUAGGAGUUAAAAUGAAUUCAAUCGUAAGUGUGAUACCAACUCAAUGUACUUACAGUGGAGUAAGACAUGUGGAAGCAGCCGCCAUCAAAUUGGAAGAAGAGCGCAGAAGAAAAACGGAUCAAAGAAGAAAUGACUGGGAUAAUUUUGUGUCAUCAAUCCGUUCGAAAUUGACUGUGAAACAAGUUGUCGACGGUGUUCAAAGCGGUGGAGAUUUAACUUUUGAUUACAUUUUAUUGGUAUUAACUGCUGAUUGCCUUGCUGCUCUCGGAUUAGUUGAAAACAGUGCAACAAAUGUCGUUGCAGCGAUGUUAGUUUCUCCACUAAUGGGUCCAGUAAUGUCACUGACAUUCGGUACUGUUAUAGCUGACAGAAAUUUGCAAUUUAUUGGAUUCAAGAGUUUGAUGCUGGGAAUUUUUCUCUCGAUUCUUUUUGGUUUUAUCUUUGGUCUCGUUCUUGGUACAACUGAAAUGCCCUGGGGCUAUAACGAUUGGCCGACAGAUGAAAUGAAGGGCAGAGGAAAUUAUAGAUCAUUAUGGAUGGGAGUUCUUUGGGCUUUGCCAUCUGGUACCGGAGUUGCUGUUGCUCUUCUUCAAGGCAGUAAUGGUCCUUUAAUUGGAGUUGCGAUUUCCGCUUCUUUAUUGCCACCGGUUGUCAACUGCGGAUUAUUUUGGGCCCUUGGUUGCAUUUGGCUCAUAUAUCGACCAAUUAAAAUGCCUCACAUUAAAGGUGAAUCCUAUACAGAUUUUAAUAGUUCUUAUAAAUAUGUCUACACUGAUUAUCUACCGGUUGAAUUUUUCUGCAAUGGCAUCAUCAGUGCGUGUCUAACAUUCGUCAAUGUCGUCUGCAUCUUUAUAACUGCGAUCAUUGUCCUCAAGAUCAAAGAAGUAGCAGCUCCUUAUACUUCAACACCAGAACUCCGACGAUUCUGGGAACAUGAUAUUCGUUUAGUUCGUGAUAAGAAUAUAUCACGAGACAAUAGUUCUCUUGAUUCUAGCUUUUACGAUGGAUUAAGUAAGAUGAAGAAAAAAGCUUUGGAACGUACCCUGAAUGAAGCGGUUCUUGAAGCAAUUGACGAUGAUACCUUCCGUAAAGUUCAACGGGCCAGUUAUGGACAACAUGGAGCUGAAGAUAUAUCGCCGAGAAUUGGAUUACGAAACGCGCACGGAGUAUCGGAUUUGAAAAAUAAAGGAGCAGACAAGCAUGUCGAUACUUCUCAUCCAAUCGAAGAUUUACCGAAUCAAUUGCAAGCAAACACCACCGAGGAUCUUGCAGCUCUUGACAGACUCAUAACAUACUUACUCGGUCAGCCAUCCACGAAUAAUUCGAAUAAUAAUCCUGGAACUUCAAAUUUAGACAGUUGGCAACGUUCAUUUCGCGCCAGCGCAAGGGGAUACCGUCCAUUGAGACCAAAUGAAAAUCACGGCGAAUCUUCAAAUUAUGGAAUUGGCACAACACCAUUGUAA